CGUCGUCUCCGACAAGACUGGCAGUCUUUAGGAGUUCUUCGAUCAGUGCAGUAGUGUUGAUUAACUUCAACAAGAUGUCGGCUAUCUGGUACUCCCCUUUGUGCUUAGUUCUAAUAUACGUCGGAUCAGCGCUCGGUACCUUCCAGUUUCCGUACCCGCAAUUUCAUGCUCCUCUGUCGCUCACCCCGCAUCUCAUUUACAGUUCGCCGGUCGGCGGAAAUGUUGAUUUUGCGGGUUACUCGUACUUCACAAAGGACUUCGCUGGCGGGCAAACCGAAGUCGUUUUUGUCACUGGGCCGGAAUCGGAUGUCAAAAUGAACAAUGAAGUCAGUGCUAUGCGCGAUCAGCUGAGUUCGAUGCCAUUUAUCAAGGCUCCAGCCUCCAACCUUGGCAAUACUGAAGAUGACAAGAAGGUGAAAGUCGCGGAAAUGAACAAAGAAACAACAACGGCCGUGCCACUUGUCCCGGUUGAUACGAUAGAAACUUCUACGCCCGUCCCGAAGGAUGAUGCGUUGUCUCCAGUCAUGAACCCGACGGAAGGCACGAAGCAAGACCAACCAGAUGAGGUGUUCAUCCCGGAAAAGGGUGUCGGGUUCCAAGCGCCUUACCCUAUCCUGAGACUGCGAGGUUUCAAUUCCUAUUAUCCUCAGUUAUCGUCCGGAUUCUCUAGCUAUGGGCCGUCGAAUUACUUUGGAUCUCAGUACGAGCCGUUCUACAACCAGUACAGCUCUUACCAGGGUCUCUAUAAUCCAUUGUACCCGACAUUUGAGGAAUACUACAAUCCGCUAUUUCCGUCGUUGCAUCAAAACCCGAUCUUCACACCAUCGGUGAACAAUUACAUCUCCGGGGAGUCCGAGGAAAGCAUGCCAGAGGAUUUGAAAGAAAUUCAAGAUAUGAUUCCGUUGAAGGUCGGCCAGAGUUCCGGAACCGGCGAGAAGGUUGAGAGUACUUCGGAGCAGUCUGCCACAAGUGACGUGAGUUCGGGAACAACCGAAGAAGAUUCGUCCAAGGAUUCAGUCACCGUUACCGAUCAAGCAAUGUCCGCAAAGCUAUCUGAAUUACCAACGUCUACUGAGCAGUUGACAGAAAAAUCCGCAGAAAGUUCUACAGAGUCGACUACAAUCUCCGCGGAAACAUCAUCGCCUUCAAGCUCGACUGCAACCGAAUCUGUGGAACCAACUACUCCCGCGGUUGUUAGCGAUUCCAUGGCUGUUGCUUGAUUAAUAUAACCAUCGGAAUUUAAGUUAAAUUCACUGUUCAAGGCAGUAGGAGACGGCUUAGAUAGCCUUGAGAAGUUCAGAUAUUUCUUUUUUAGGCAGUCUAACUAUGAAAUAGCCCUUUCCGUGUCUUAAAUGUAACUUAUCACAUUGACGUGUAUAUAUUGGGAUUGAAUCGAAUAAAAAAUUAUAAUUUA